GAAGUCGUCAGUGGGGCCAUUAAACGCGUUAUAUGUGUAUUGCAAUUUGAUCCCGUAGUGCUUGAUCGGAGAGUAAUUUACGCGAAUUCCUGGGCAUCCGGGUCUCUGCAGGUGGGCCAUCAGGGUUUCUUUUCACGUCUGAUGUGUUCAGUGUCGCAGCAAUUGCUUCACUGUUUCUUUGCUCGUGUAACAUUUAAGACUUGUCAUAUUUACUAAUAUUAUUUCGUUGACUUUAGCUACGACGUAAAUGUACGUGAAUUUUUGAAAGGUGAUGCAGGGCAUAAUGCCAGUUAAAACAAAAUCUCGUGUUUCUGAAAAUAUGGGUAUCACAGGUGGAUUGGUAGAUGCCAGAGACAAACAAGUAUUAAAGGAAGCAGUGGAAGCAGUUGUUAACAGCUUUGCUAAACAUACUCAAGGCUAUGGAAGAGUAAAUGUAGUUGAAGCUUUGCAAGAAUUUUGGCAAAUGAAACAAAGCAGAGGAACAGAGUUAAGAAAUGGAGCAUUAGUUAUUUAUGAAUCUGUGCCUGGUACUAGUCCACCUUAUGUAUGUUAUGUAACUCUUCCUGGAGGUUCUUGUUUUGGUAGUUUUCAAAAUUGCCCAACUAAAGCAGAGGCUCGUAGAUCAGCAGCAAAAAUUGCUUUAAUGAAUUCUGUUUUCAAUGAACAUCCAGCUCGUAAAAUAACUGAUGAUUUCAUAGAAAAAGCUGUUGCAGAAGCAAGAGCUAGCUUUGCUAAACCUUCUGCAACUUCUAAUGGUGUUGGUAAUCAAGCACAGGGAAAUGGAGAUGAAAAAGAAGAUCCAAAUACAGGUAUAGGUGCAUUUCGUUUUAUGUUGGAAUGUAAUCGUGGAAGAACGAUGCUAGAAUUUCAAGAAUUAAUGACAGUCUUUCAAUUACUUCAUUGGAAUGGAUCUUUGAAAGCAAUGAGAGAAAGGCAAUGUAGCAGACAAGAAGUAGUUGCUCAUUAUAGCCAUCGGGCUUUAGAUGAUGAUAUGCGUAGCCAAAUGGCAUUAGAUUGGGUAGCAAGAGAACAUGAAAGCGGUGGCGGAGUUGUUGCUAUGGAAUUGGCAUUAGCUGAAAGAGAACUUGAAGCAGCACGUUUAGCUGGAAGAGAACUUAGAUUUCCUAAAGAAAAAAAAGAUAUAUUAAUGCUUGCACAUGCUCAAGUAUGUCCUCAGUGAUUUUCAAUACAAUUGUGCAAUUAAUACAUAAAAAGAACCAGUUUUAUAAAAACUGGUAUUAGGGGAAUGUGUUUUUUAAUGACAUAUAAUGUCACUAUAUUGUGAAAUAUUUUAUUGUUGUUUAACAGUAAGAUACGUAAUUAAUUCCGUCCUUUUUAUGAAGUAUUUUUGGUGAUAAUAGAAUAAUAAUAAAAUUAUAAACUUAAUUUUUAAGAAUGCUUUAAGCGCGUGACUGCCAUUAUAAACUGCGAUAUAUACAGGAUAGAUCAUUUGAGUCAAAAUUAAUUAUUAAUUGUAUAUUAUAUAAGUAUAUUUUGGUACAAAAUCUUGUCUUCCAUGAUUUCAUGUAGUUUUUCCUAUAAUUAUAGCAUUAUUUUUAGCAUAUUGCGAGAAUGCUUGGUGAUAUAUUGCUUGCCUGAUGAAUAAUAUAUAAGUGAUAUGAUUGAUUUUUCAUCAAUACAUUUAUGUUCAUCAUUUAUAUGAAAUCAUUAUUCUAUGUUAUAUAUUUACAUAAUAUUUACAAAACAUGGACACAUUUGCUGUACUUAAAGUUAUAUACAUGAUAUAAAUUGUUUUAAAAAUA